AUGGAAAACAUCAAACAUCAAGGAAUCGCACCAUUUGCUGGCAGCGGAUAUCAAGUCUUCCGUAAUGUGAAAGAUGCAGCUUAUGGGGCAAAAGGAGAUGGCGUUACUGAUGACACUGCUGCAAUUCAAAAAGCCAUCAGCACUGGCUCGAAUUGUCCGCCCGACGGUACCUGUCAGUCUUCAAGCACGACUCCAGCACUGAUUUACUUCCCACCGGGUACCUAUAUUAUUUCAACGCCGAUCCUCAUGCAUUAUGGGAGUUCGCUCAUUGGCAAUCCAAACUGUCCGCCAGUCCUCAAGGCCAAGAGCACUUUCCCAAUUCCCGGCAAUCCCAACUAUUCUACAUAUAUCGUGGAUGGAAACGCUUACGGCACUACCGGAAACUUGGCGUAUGGGGCAACCAAUACUUUCUGGCGACAAUUCCGCAAUUUCGUUCUUGAUACAACUGCAGUGCGCGCUAACGCUAAUAUCCUCGGGCUUCACUGGCCAACAGCUCAAGCAACGUCGGUGGAAAAUGUAGUUUUCAAGGCGUCCGACGCUCCUGGCACCACGCAGGGGGGUAUGCUCUCUGAACAAGGAUCGGGAGGCUUCAUGGGCAAUUUGACAUUCUAUGGGGGAUCACGUGGGCUCGAUGUUGCCAACCAGCAAUUCACCAUGAGAAACCUCAAUUUCUACAACGCAGGUGUUGCAAUCAAACAGAACUUUAAUUGGGGAUGGGUUUACAAAGGAAUUUCGAUCACCAAUUGCUCGGUUGGAAUCCAAUUUGAAGCAAGUACGGAUGGUCAAGUUGGAGUUUCGUCCUUGACCCUCAUCGACAGCAGUAUUGUAAAUACCCCCGUCGGGAUCUCGUUGCAACGAGCAAACGAAGACACAACCACACCUAGUGUUGAAAGCCUGAUCAUUGAGAAUCUCUCUCUCACCAAUGUUCCAACUGCGAUCGGGAUAUUAGGAGGGACGACUUUACUUGCGGGAACGACUGGAACAAGCAACAUUGCUGGUUGGGGACGAGGCCCUUCAUAUACUGCAACCGGGCAUACUAGAAUCCAAGGGAAUAUCACACCCGCAACCAGACCAAGCGUACUCAAAACAUCGACCGGCGAGUUUUACCAACGCUCAAAACCUCAGUAUGAGACUUCUCAAGCUUCGUCCUUCGUCAGCGUUCGUAGCUUUGGUGCAAACGGUGACGGGGUGACUGAUGACACCGCUGCACUCACCUCCGCUAUAAACUCUGCACUCAGUUCUGGGUCAAUCCUUUUCGUCGAUGCCGGCUACUAUGUUGUUUCAAGCACCAUUUACAUUCCUCCCGGAAGCAAGAUCACUGGUGAAGGAUACCCAGUUAUUCUAGCCAGUGGGCCCGUCUUUGCAGAUAUCAACAACCCAACCGCUGUUGUCAAGGUUGGAAAGUCUGGUGGGGAAAAAGGGACUGUUGAAUGGUCCAACAUGAUGGUUAGUACGAAGGGGGCCGCAGCUGGUGCUAUCCUCAUCGAGUGGAACCUGGAUGCAACAGGGCUCGCACCGGCAGGCAUGUGGGAUGUCCAUACCCGUAUUGGAGGCUUUACCGGCUCUGAUCUCCAGCUUGCCCAAUGUCCAACUGGGACUUUUGAUAGCCGGAACGGGAACGUAACCAUGACCUCAACCAACCUCCCCCAAAAAUGCAUCGCCGCCUUCAUGUCCAUGCACGUUACGAAAUAUGCUGCAGGCCUUUACAUGGAGAAUGUCUGGCUCUGGGUUGCUGACCACGAUGUCGACGAUGCAACGGUGACUCAGAUCACCAUCUUCGCCGGCCGUGGUCUACUUGUCGAAAGCACAGCCGGUUCAAUCUGGAUGUAUGGAACAGCAGUCGAGCAUCAUGCUCUGUACCAAUACCAGUUAGCCAACACCGCGAAUAUCUACAUGGGUGAGAUUCAAACGGAGACGCCAUAUUAUCAGCCUAACCCGAAUACGGCAAUUCCUUUCCCAGCGGUCGCCAGUCUGAACGAUCCUGCUACUGCAAGCGAUGCAGUUGGUCUUCGUAUUUUGAGCAGCAACAAUAUCUUGGUUUACGGUGCUGGAUUGUACAGCUUCUUCUACAACUAUAAUGUUCACUGUUCCGACGCUGGUAAUGGCGAAUGGUGCCAGCCACGCAUCUUCAGCGUCGAGAAGAGCAGCGACAUCACAGUGUACGGUCUGCAAACUGUUGGGACGCAAAACAUGAUUACUGUGGAUGGGAUGGAUGUUGCUUCCUCUGCGGAUAAUGUUGGGGGACAACACUUUGUUGACACUAUUGUCAAAUUCACGCAGUAG